ACCGCAAAGAUGAAGGAUGCGUUGGCGCAGGAAGAAGAGAUCGAAGAGAAGCAGCGUCGUCGCAGGUCCUCAGGCGACGUGUCGGUGAUCGGCGGCGUGAAGGGCGGCGCCAUGAAGGCUUCUCUGCCCUUCAGCAGCAGCGCUAAUUACGCGGACCCGGACUGUGCGGAUGAGAACUUCGACACGGAAGGCUACACGAAAUACGACGCAGAGGACGACUUGGAUAACUUCGGCCUCGGACUUGAAAUCAUGAGCUCCCAAGCAAGAGUUUUCUACGACAACCCGGGUUUCGAACCCGACGAUCCCCUCAGCUAUCCAUCUGAUCCGUGGGAAUCGCGAUCCCAAAGUAACGCAAAUGCUGGGGGAAUGAGAGACCCGCUCCCACAGACCUCCCCCAGCGGGGGAGUUCCCUUCAGCUCCCCCAACCCCUUCCUGAAGAGCAGCCUUAAGCGCCGACAGCCCAGCGAUGUAACCCAGGCGAAGGGCGCUAGUGGGCCCCUGAGCGCCCUGCACGAGGAAGAGAGCGACGACAGCGCCCACGCGGUCAAGUUCGAGCAAAAUAACUUACGCUACAACGUUCCGGUGGAUGUACACAGCGAGAACGUGAAAGAGACUCAACUCUGAAGAUCGAAAUACGUUAAUGUGCUGCAUUGAAACUACUUAUGUGUACCAAUAUUAUUUUCACACUAUUUAGAUUUAAGUCAUGAUCUCUCCUACCUUUCCUUCGAAUACUGGAUUUCUUAACGCCAUCCUCUGAUAGAAGUCCCUGCCUUGUGAGAGAGCGCAUGCAUGGUCGUACGUAGAGACAAAUGUAUAGAAUAGCGCUUGUGUAUGUUCAUUAUAGGAGUCCAUGUAAUCUUAUUCAUACACAAAAUACUAACUUUGAAAGAACGUAUAUAUAUGGCAUGUUGCUGCAAAACCGAUGCGAACAAUAUGCCUGUAACUGAACGCAGUUCAGUUCUCCAUGCCACAACUACAAAAUUCAAAUGAGUGUCAACGGCCUAGGCAAGAGACCUGAUAAGCAACAGAAAUAAAAAAUUGUAGGUACUUUGAUUCCGAUUUAUCGAAUAAAUUUUAAAUGAUAUAUAAGGAUCGCAGACCAAUACCCAUUUAUGAUACGCAAUUUAUUUUUAGUUUCAAUACGUUAGGAGUA